UUUGCAUCGUCACUCCAUCAGAUGUAUGGAUGUCCACAAGGCUACCUCUCCUUCUCUUGUUCCUAUCAAGUACUAAGCAGAUACUCUUGCUUUAUUGCCUCAACACUGCAUCGUACCGCUGUGUGCAGAUAAGGGCGGUACAAUAUCACGUCCUUCACAAUACACCUGGAUAUCAAACGGGACACAUGUUCGCGAUAGACAUUAAUAAGUCCCCUUUGGGACUCUUUACCUUCUUCGUCAUAGUCUCGGCCAUCAAGCUGACUGCCCUUGGAUGGCUGAGGAAGAAGAGGGGUGAGAUGUUUGAAUGUGUGGGCCGAGUGCAUGCUCUGUACAACUUCCCCAUCAAGUCUUGUGGAGCUAUUGAAUGCCAGGAAGCUGAAGCUACUGGGCUUGGAUUCAGUUACAGAGGACUUUUGGACAGACACUUGAUGGUGAUCAAAGGUCGGUACAUGCUCAACAUGAAGACGGAGACCCGGAUGACACUCAUCUCAACCACUCCACUAGGUGGCGGGGAUCUGCGUCUCGACGCUCCCGACAUGCCUAGCCUCAUGCUUCACACGGCCGACUUUACAAACAUCAUUUCAUGCAGAAUCUAUGGUGUCAACAUGGACGUCAUCGACUGCGGGGAUGAGGCUGCCUCCUGGCUCAACACCUUCCUCGGCUACGACAACCUGCGUCUUGUGCAUUCCCCAGAACACCUAACCAAGAGAGACGCCGCAGACAAGAUGUUCUCCUGGAACAAUAACACUCGCGAGGGAGAUAUGACAGCUUUCAACUACUUGACGUCAUACAUGAUGACGUCAGCCAGUUCCCUCCAUGAUCUGAACCAGCGUCUCGACUCCCCCGUCUCCAUGCUCAACUUUAGGCCCAAUAUCGCCAUCGAAGGAACACCGCCGUUUGAUGAGGACAAAUGGCUGGAGAUCAAGAUUGGAGACAGUGUUAUGAUGCGGGUGGCUGACGUGUGUCGGAGGUGUCCGAUCACUACCGUUGACCCCGCAACAGGGAUAAGAGAUUCAGACAGACAGCCUCUAACAAAACUGAAAACAUACCGCUGCAUCCCCCCUUACGGCAGCGCCCCAGUGUUCGGGGUGUACUGCGCCCUGGAGAAGGGCGGGCGGGUGCAGGUCGGGGACAGUGUGUCCGUCUUGAGGGGCACCAGGAACACACACCAGGCACUCUCCUUGUAGCAACACCGAAGGUGGAGGCGUGAACGACGUCCAUAUUACAACAGGGAGUUCAGGUUACCUUACAAUAUACAGGGGAUAUUCACAGAAGGAGCACACGAACAACUUGAGGGUCUGGAACACAUUUUACCGUUACCACCACCACCAUCCUCUUCCUUGUAAUCAUCACUGUUGAUUACAUGGCCAUCGCCCGUAGCCACUGGUUUUCUUUGUGGUUCGGAAAUAAUUUUCCCUUUCGUUUGGCAUUUAGUUAACUGUUCACCAGCACCAGCACCAGCACCAGCACCACCAACGCCAGCAUCAGCAGCAGCGUUGUCACGACCCAUCGUUUUUACCAUUUACAAGAUAAAGGCAAGAACGUAUGGUAAUGAACGUCCAGCAAACGUACCACCAAAUCCCGGUCUCAAACCAUGAACCAAGUUCAAUUCUGUCUAAACAUUUGAUUUGUCUGUUUAGUACACCGCUAACCCACAUAACAAACUUAAGGGAAAACGUAAUUGCUUUAUCCAUGGGUCUUUUGUUACAAAACCUCGUGGCCACAGAUAAAGUUACAUCUAUCUUCAGGGCAAUUUGUCAAAAAUUAAAGCCAAUGCCAUCUGAAGUUUGAUGAGAAAACUAUGUGAAAUGCUGGACGUCAUCAUUGAUAACCUGUAUGUAAAAUAUGGGGUGAGAUAUUUUGGCAAGAAGUAGGCAUCCCCAUCCCCUGUUUCUUUAUGGGUAUGAAUCGGAAUUUCUGCUCGGAUUGGCAAACUCAAAGCAACGUCAUUUGACCAGGAAGUUUAACUUAAACUUCAGGAAUAUCGAUUAUCUGAUAUCGUUUGUUAAUAAUCAUCAAAUAGCCAAUUUCCUUGCACUGAUUUACCCACCUGAAGUAGAAAUAAAGGAGACCAGUGAGACCGCCUCAUCUGUUUCAUAUUUAGAUCUAUGCAUAAAGAUUCAGAGUGACAAAACACUCCCCACAAGACUGAAUUCCAAGAAUGCUGACUUCAACUUUCCAAUCGUCCACUUUCCCUUUAUGUCGAGCAAUAUUCCUGCAGCUCCAGCCCUUGGUGUCUACAUUUCGCAACUCUUAAACGUACCAUAGAGCAUGCUCUUUCUACCAAGAUUUCAGAGAGCGUCAUAGGACUCGUGCUCUGAAGUUGUUUCAUCAAGGUUACAGCAUUCAAGGCCUCAGUAAAGAUUUCAAUAGGUUUUGUGGUAGACCUGUGGAGGACAUUUCCAGUGUUUCAGUCAUCAUUAGAUCUUGUCAGGUUUAAUGAGUUACUUGAAGUGAUCAUAAUGACCAGGGCCCGGUCGUAUCAAACCUUCAUUAACUGAUAGGUACUGGCGCAUUGCAUUCUUAAUCUUUUAUUAUGACGGCAUUAAAUGGGUUGUACGAAUCUAUCAUUAAACUGUCAUCAACUAAUGAUACAUAGAGGUUAUCACGCGAGUGUGUUUGGGGGUGGUAAAUAUCCUGCAUUAGGAAACAACAUUGUAUUUGUUCGAGCCUUGGCGAGCUAAAUACAUAGUCUUUAUUCCUAAUGCAGGAUAUUUACCAUCCCCAAACACACAAGCGUGAUAACCUCUUUAUCAUAUAAUGGCAUUCUUUACUUCUGUGCUUGGAAAUCGCUCUCCCUCUCUCACAAACAUUACCGAAACAUUGCGAGUUUUCCUGGAAUGCGCGCAUUAAUAUUUAUUACGUCACAGGGUAAGUGAUGUGUCAGUCGGACAGUGACAGUAGCCAAUAUAGUUCCAACUGAAAUCUGUUUCUUAUGCAGCGGCGAAACAACAUAUAUGCCAAACAAUUGUUUUUACUUGCAUUUCGCGGCAAUCCAUCGAUCUGCCCGUUAAAGUAACUGCUCUUUGUCAAAGGGAAGCUACUCUAACCCUAGUCUAUGAGACGUCACGGCCACGUUCAGACGUUGUUGAUAGUCGGCCUGUCCUGUCAUAACUUUAAGAAGUGAUAUACACACAGCGAAUGAUUGAUACUUGUUGGCACAUUAGUUAUAGGAGGUUUAGUGACACGUUAAUGUAUUUUUUAAGUUUGAUCAAACCGGGUCUCUCUCGCUCUCUCUCUCUCUCUCUCUCUCCAGCAUAUACGUAUAGAAUAGUCGUUUGCUGUGCAAUAUCUUUAGAUAAUUGAGAUGUGGUUUGCAUGUUUUAUUGUGAAAAAUUAUUACUUUUAUGGAACUAGUGACAAUGAUAUGAAACUUGGUAUUUUUAAGACAUUAAAGUGUUGAGAAUCG